AUGGCCAGUACAGUGACGGUGGAUAUGUGCAAUCUGCCCAAACUUCGCAGUACUCAUAUUCUUCCAGCCAAGCCACUCAAUAUCCUCAAAGUGGCUACUAUUCCAGCCAAGCUACACAGUGGCCUCAGCCGGCAUAUACACAACAGCAGAGAGAUCAAGCUGGUCCACCUGGAUCAAACCCAGAUUCAACGUUUAGUGAUCAAUACCGGACGCAAAAUCAAUAUGGAUAUAGUCAGCAAUACGAUGCUACUACACAGUAUCCUCAGAGCGUCACUGGAUACUCUGGCCAGACCGAAGUUAGUUGCCUAUCUACCCAAAAUUCAAAAGAAAAUUACCAACGGUUUCGCACAGAAAUCUCAUUUUUGA